AUGGCCUCACUAGAUUCAUCUUCGCCGAUAGCUUCGCUAAUUUCGUCUUUGCUACCAACGUCAAUUUCUCUGACGCUACACCACCUUUCAACACCCCCCACAAAAACCUCAUCCCUCUUCUCACCACCUCCGGGUCAGAAAGCUCCCACUACUACACUCGAAACCCACUUCCUGUCUAUUUCACACGAUGGUAUCCUUGUAUUCGCAAUUGAGGUGCUGAUAUACACCAUUGCAAGAACGGGCAGCAGGACAUUCUUUGUUAGUAAGGCCGACAGCAGUGGAUACCUCUCUCUCGAGCUAGCAUCCUUCACGACCCCUACCGGCGAGCGCAAAUCAACACUGCGCACCAUAGCAACAGCAUUCGUUAGGCAUCUUUUUAACUCCUUCCGAGAAGCUGACCCCUCAAUCACUGCAACUAUCUCCCUCUUCGCACGCUCGCAAACACAGUACCUUUUCCCGAACUCGGCUGUGAAUGAAAAGAAACAUGUUCUCACAGACAGAGGACUGAUCGCCUGGUGGUGCAAAGUCCUCGAUCCUAUCCUACAAGAACACGCCUCCUCCGGCGCAGGUGGUGCAAAAGGGUAUCUCAUAGUUCCUGGUUUUGACCGUCUUGAAGUUCGCCCGCUGCUACCACCUGUGCCUUCGGCGGGGCAGGAGCAGUGGGUAAAUGGCCACCCAUACAAACUCGAUGCAGAAGCAGAUAUCACAGUACGAGAGGUGAUCCCGCACUUCCCAGAUGACCCGAAAGCUAGGUUUUUGGACGAACUUGGGAGCGACGAAGCAAGAGAUAAAGCGAAAAGAGGCCAGGGCUGGAAGAAUGUGCGUACAAUCGAGCAGUUCUGGGAGCUGAUGAGCUUUCGGCAGGAGUGCAGCCUUGGAAGAUGUGUAGGGUUCUUAUGGGUUGUUCUGGACGGAGAAGGGAAGGCAAAGGUUGAAAGAAGGAUUAAGCCUCUUAGAAAAGCAUCGUCUUCAUCUUCAUCUUCAUCCAAGCAGAUGUUGAAGUCCGAAGGGUCCGAACUACCACCCGAUGUGAUAGCCGAAGAGUCUGGAAAGGAGCCUAAAAAAUCUAUUAUUCCCCCACUUGAUACCUCAGGGGCAAUAAAACCAGAAUUGCAGCCUAUUAUCACUACUAUCAGUACAGAUACAGCACCAACCUCUGAAUUCACCUCACCGGAACCCUUAACACCUUCAGUUUUCUCUCCAACUCUUUCCCCCACGUCUCCUACAUCACCCCGUAAGUCCAACAAACGCCCGUCCACUUCCAGUGCCGUCCCUCUAUCCCCAACUAAGAAGCUCCGUACUACAAACCCAAUUCUCCAACCUACUAUUAGUCUCACAGCACCAGUAAAACCAUUGAUUCUCUUGGAUGAGAAACAAUACACUCGUGUCAUCGACAGCCUCUUAAACCAUGCCGACUUUGGUGAUAAAGAGAAGGCCCGCAGAUCCAGCGUCAAAUGGCUUGAAGGCGCAGCAAUAGCCGCUGGUAAGGAAGGCGCUGAGAAGGAAUCAUGGGGCGUAGACUUAAAAGGUCUCAUCGAAGUUCAGAGUUCAAAUAAGGAUAAAUCGACUGUUCCGGGCGCUCCGGGAGCCAUUAAUGUGCUCAGUGUACGUAAGAAGCCCAAACCUACAGAAGCCGCUGUCAAUACGCUUCCGACAUCCCUUAUUCGCAGGAAAUCCACGGGGACGGUCCUGGCCACGGAAGUUGCAAAGACAACUGCCGAGGUGGAGAAAGAGGUGGAUGAACAGGGGAGAUCUGUGAACGUACUAGGUGCGGGGCUGUUGCGUAAGAAAGCGAAGCCUGCUACGGCGGAGGAAGCCAAAACUGAUGGAGAUCCAAAGUCCACGGGUGAGACGGAGAGGCUGAAGAAAAAUGAAGAGGCUGAAGCGGAAGUUGACAAAGAUGGAAGAAAGGUGAAUAUUCUGGGGAAAGAGUUUAUGAGGAAGAAAGAAAAGGCUGCGGAAGAAACCGGAGAAAAAGAGGCCCAUGAUUGA